CCAGGACGACACCACGCAUGUGUUAAUCUGCGCUGCAGCAGCGUGCAUCACUUCCACUUUGACCUCGGAGUUAAUCUGCAUUCAGGCAACAGCUCCAGUCAUUUUCUGUUCAUUUUUUUAAAUUUCUUUUCUUUCUUUCUUUUUUUUUUUUUUUUUACUGAUGGAUUUGGAAAGUGAUGCGUGAGUGUUGGGGGCAGGUGUAUGUGUGAACGUGUCCAUGAGCGUUGUUCUCUCCAUUAACUACCUCUAUGUGCCUUCCCCACCCCCAUCCCUCACUCUUUUCUCUACUCUCUAUUAUAUUAUUCUCCAAGAUUUGGGGAGCUGCUGCCUGAGCUGGCGCUUUGAUUGUAUCUGCAAGAGUUUAUGCUGUUGAUCUUAUUUCUACACUGAAUAUUAAUUCCCGUGGCUGAAAACAAUGUAUUUUCCCACUGACGGGAUCUAGUAGGGGAGGGUGUUGGUGAGGAGUCACUACAUAAAAAUAAUUAUACUACUAAUAAUAAUAAAGAAAGGAGAGACCCCCCUGCAACCAAGAGGAAAGGAGGAGUAAAAUACCAAACGAUGAGUUCUCCAGUUGCAAGGAGAACAGGAAGCCGGGUACUCUCGUCUCCUGCAUUUUCUCUGAAAAUGAUGAUGUGGGUUCUGCUCCUACUCGCCCUCCACCCCGGCCUCAGUAGCCAGAAAUCUGAUGAUGACUAUGAAGAUUAUGCUUCAAACAAAACAUGGGUUUUAACUCCAAAAGUCCCAGAAGGAGAUGUCACUUUCAUCUUAAAUGGCUUAUUGGAAGGUUAUGACAAUAAGCUGAGGCCUGAUAUAGGAGUAAAACCAACAUUGAUUCAUACUGACAUGUAUGUGAAUAGCAUUGGACCAGUGAAUGCUAUUAACAUGGAGUAUACAAUUGACAUUUUUUUUGCGCAAACCUGGUAUGACAGACGCCUGAAAUUUAACAGUACCAUAAAGGUCCUCAGACUCAAUAGCAACAUGGUUGGGAAGAUUUGGAUCCCAGACACGUUUUUCCGGAACUCCAAAAAAGCUGAUGCCCACUGGAUCACAACUCCCAAUCGCAUGCUCCGAAUCUGGAAUGAUGGCCGUGUACUAUACACACUCAGGCUAACGAUAGAUGCUGAGUGUCAGUUGAAGUUGCAUAACUUCCCAAUGGAUGAACAUUCCUGUCCCCUGGAAUUCUCCAGCUAUGGCUAUCCCCAGGAAGAAAUUGUUUAUCAAUGGAAGCGCAGUUCUGUUGAAGUAGGAGAUACAAGGUCUUGGAGGCUUUAUCAGUUUUCAUUUGUUGGACUGAGAAAUACUACUGAUGUGGUGAAGACAACUUCAGGAGACUAUGUUGUAAUGUCUGUAUACUUUGAACUGAGCAGAAGGAUGGGAUAUUUUACCAUUCAGACUUACAUUCCCUGCACACUCAUUGUUGUCUUAUCCUGGGUAUCUUUCUGGAUCAAUAAGGAUGCUGUUCCAGCCAGAACCUCAUUGGGCAUUACCACUGUCCUGACAAUGACUACUCUUAGCACGAUUGCUCGUAAAUCUCUCCCCAAGGUUUCUUAUGUGACAGCUAUGGAUCUCUUUGUGUCUGUCUGCUUUAUUUUUGUCUUUUCUGCUUUGGUGGAAUAUGGCACCCUGCAUUACUUUGUAAGCAACCGGAAGCCAAGCAAGGACAAAGACAAAAAGAAGAAAAACCCACUUCUUCGGAUGUUUUCCUUCAAGGCACCAACAAUUGAUAUUCGACCAAGGUCAGCCACUAUUCAAAUGAACAAUGCAACACACCUUCAGGAGAGAGAUGAAGAAUAUGGUUAUGAGUGUCUUGAUGGCAAGGACUGUGCCAGUUUUUUCUGCUGCUUUGAAGAUUGCAGAACAGGAGCAUGGCGUCAUGGAAGAAUACAUAUCCGCAUUGCAAAAAUGGACUCUUAUGCUCGGAUUUUCUUUCCCACUGCCUUCUGCCUAUUCAAUCUGGUCUAUUGGGUUUCCUAUCUUUACCUUUAAAUGAGUGAAGCAAUGAUAAGAAUCUUACUCAAUGAUUCCCAUGGGGAGAUGGUUUAAAGGUUUCCUUUAAAUGUCCAGUUAAUAUAAUCUCGCAUAUACUUUAUAUUGGUCUCAAUUCAUUUGUGCCAUAAUAUAGAAUAUCCUAAUCAUGCCAUGUCAUUUGUCCCUAACUUUCCUUUGAUUAAUGUGAUUUGGAUAUUACUGAUUGAACUUAUGAAAACUGUUAGAUAAGUGGAAAAUAAGAAUGUUGAAAACAAAAGUAGAUCAAAAUGUAAUAAUGGCAGCUGUAACAGAAAUGGAGGGGGUAUGAAGUUGAAUUGGUAGAAUAUAUUUUCCCUUCCAUUGUACAAAUACAUACACACAAUUUACCAAAAAAUGUGCAACAUCUUUUCUUGGGGUAGAGAGACAUGGUCAAUCUUUACCUUAGAAUCUUUUCAUUUUGAGCAUCAUCAUCUCUCAAAUCAAAUAAGUGUUACUAGCCUAGACAAGUUAUCCUCCCAUACCCCUAAGUUAAUAAUGAAAGAACAAAUUACUAUCCUUUUAAGAACAUAUGUAAAAUGUUGUAAAUAUGGAAAUACCUUAUAAUGCUUAAAGUAGUGCAUGCAUCAUUUUAGGGCCAAAAUAAAUGAAGCAAAGAUACCAUAAAGUAUUGUCUUUUAUUUUGUGGCUCUGGGCUGUAAGUGAAAAAUAUAAAUAGAAUCAUAAGGAAUCAGGUCUGGAUUUGAGAUUGGAGAGGAAAAUUUAGCUGCCCUCUCAUGCAUGAAGACUAAAACAGCAUUUUUGUGUAUGACAGUUUAAGAUAUCUUAAUAUAUAUAUAUAUAUAUAUAAACAAAAUCUACACUUGCCUCUUCUAAAUAGUCUAUGAAUCAAAAAAGGUUGUCAAUUUCAUAUCUAGUUUAUUAAGUGAUUAUAUGUGCUUGAUGCUAUUUUUUCUUGCUUUCUAGUCCAUUAGAUUGCAAUAGAAAUUAUUCUCCAUCACAAGAUCUGCUUUAGGCUAUUAAUACAUAAGCUGUUGAUGACUCCUUCCAUACCAAGCUCAAAUGAUAUCUAGUUGUCUCAAAUGGGGUAUUUGUGGAGUGAUAAAUGAUCUCUUGGAAAUAACCAGAAGGGUCAGAAGGAACUUCAGUUUUCAGUCAUUGUUAUCUGGAAUUUGUAUUUUUUUUUUCAGGCAAAACUUUUUGUUUGUUUAUUUUUCAACUAUAACAAUGAGAUUUUCUUUUUAUUCCUUUUUGUAUGUGAAACAUUACUAAUACACAAUCACUAGGGCAUUUGCUUUGAUUUUUUUCCCCUCUAUUUGUAAGAAUGGGUUGGUGCCAAAUCAACAACAUUCUCUCAUAUGAAUAAUUGGCACAGGUUUCCAAAAUUCAUAUAUGACUGGUGAUAAAGAGAUGGAUUGUAACUAAGAACAAGAUGUCUUACACACAGCAAGCAUUCAAUAAGUAUUCAUAAAGAAAUGGCCCACAUAGGGAUGAAACCAAUGAACUUGGCAUUAUCAAACUAUAUUCAUAGUAAGCUAAUCAAAAUGACAUUGAACAUGAUAAAUUGUGCCAUAUCAACAGUUUGUUUCACCUCAUAGUUUUGUUUUUGUACAACGAUAUUCCUUUAAUGUGCUUCUCUUUUGUGGUAUGGUUGCCUGUAAGACAGAAUCUAACCAUCGUUAGUAUAUAAUUUAUCAAUGACCCCAAAUAAUUAGAGGGGAAUAAAAAGUAUCUUUGCUAAUAGACAAGCUGUGUGUAGUUUUUUUGUAUUUUAAACCAUCUAUUCCAUCUGGAUGAAUAUUGAAACACAUUCAACCACAGGUUUUCCAAACUUUUGAACAUAUCUGAUAUUUUCAAUUAUGCAACCUUAUUGCUGAUGUAAAUGCAAUCAAUUCUCUUUUAAUAUUUUUCUCUAAUUGUCAAAGUAUUAAAGUGCUUGCUUUAGGAGAGUUGUUGGCAAAUUUCAGUAAUGAGAGAUGUAUUCUAGUUGUCAUGAAACAAUUACUUUAUGACAGUAGAAGCACAAAAAAGCUUGUUUCCCAAUCUUUGUAUAAAUUUGGAAAUUCUUAUGCACAGAAAGAUUAAUUCUGCCAUCAUCUAUCCCUGUCAAAUGUAUAUGAAAUCUAUUUCAAAAGGAAAUUGCACAGACCUGUGGAAUUUUACAAUAAAACUGCUGCUCUUAAAUACAAGAA